AGAUUUUUUCACAGCUCAUUGUAAGCAAUCAGGCAAAUAGAAACUUGCAGCAGCGCAGCAGGCAGGCAGGAACGUCUGACGUUGGACAGACCACCACGACUUUCACCUUCUUCUCGCUUGUCACACAAGAAGACCUGCAGAUGUGCCUGAGCAGAAGACCUGUAUCUCCUCAACACCAUCGACAGACCAACCCUAGGAACCAGGAAACUCAUGAUUUUUUGACGACGCUACAGGUGUUUUGAGUCUGAAGUCACAAUGCUGCCUGUUGUUUGUUUAGUAUUUGUCCUGGCGGGAUCGGGGCAGGCCCAGAGUCAGAGUCGGACCUCCAGGCAGGACGGCUCAGCCAUCCCGUGGCGGCAGGUGAUCCAGUGGGAGAACAAUGGUCGCAGGUUCAGCCUGCUCAACAGCGGGUCCGAAUACGUUCCUGCCGGGAGCGGCACACAGGACCAAGAUCACCGAAUACUGGUUGCCGACACCCGCCCUCAGUCGUCCCGUAGAUCUCAAGGUGGCAACGUCCGCAGACAAGCGCCUUCACGAGGAUCCUCUGAGACUAUCCGCGGACAAGCCAGGCAUCCUUUCGGUUUUGGGCAAGUGCCUGAUAACUGGAGACAAACGUCAGGCUCCACAGGUGGGGUACCUUUCCAGGGUUCCUCCAGCACCAGGGUCAGACAAUCCACAGGCUCCUCUUCUUCCCACCCUUCAUCUCCUUACAGCAUUCCCUCCUACCCUCAGUAUCCCGUUCCUCAGCAACCCUUCUACCCACCUGUGCCGUUUGAGCCCAGUUAUGCGGAGGGCCCGUACAGGAAUUACGAGCCGCCCUUUCAGUCAGUUCCCGGAGGGGGUUACGUUGGUGGGUCGUACGCCGGUGGACAGGGGUACACCGGAGGGGUGUACGGUGUAGGCCCGGUACUGCCUGGCUCGCAACCUGAUUUCACAGAUGACGGUUACCAUUUCUACCAGUCUUACAGCUAUGGAAACAAUCCUGCGCCGCCCCCACAGGCCACCCAGCCCGUCCAGCCACCAUUCUCAGAUGGCCUGGACCGCAGAUACACCCACAGUCUAUACAACGAGGACCCUGCCGCCUCAAUCCCUGAAAGCAGAGUGGACCAGCCAGGACAGGCCGCCGAGGCACCGGUACGGAGUCCUCAGUAUGAGCAGUUCCCACCAUUCGCAAGACCGCAGCCUCCCUUCCUGCAGCCUGUCCCGCCCGGCAGAAACUCUCCAAACUCUGCCAUUGAGCAAACCAAUGUUGGGAGCAUAUACCAACAAGAGCAAAGAGGGUUACCUGACCUAGUUCCAGAUGCCAACUAUGUCCAGGCUUCGACGUACAUUCAGAGGGCUCGCAUGUAUUCCUUGCGCUGCGCUGCUGAGGAAAAAUGCCUUUCGAGCUCUGCGUACGCACCGGAGACCACCGACUAUGACGUCCGAGUACUGCUGCGAUUCCCGCAGAGGGUGAAGAACAAGGGCACCGCUGACUUCAUGCCGAACAGACCACACCAUACCUGGGAAUGGCACAGUUGCCAUCAGCACUAUCACAGCAUGGAUGAGUUCAGCCACUACGACCUGUUGGAGGUCGCCUCAGGUCGCAAAGUGGCAGAAGGACACAAGGCCAGUUUCUGUCUGGAGGAUACCACUUGUGACUUCGGACACCUGAAACGUUAUGCGUGCACCUCUCACACUCAGGGUCUGAGCCCAGGUUGCUAUGAUACUUACAAUGCCGAUAUUGACUGUCAAUGGAUCGACAUCACCGAUAUCCAGCCUGGAAACUACAUUCUGAAGCUCACGGUCAACCCCAAAUUCCUGGUGAUGGAAUCCGAUUUUACGAACAACGUGGUCAGAUGCAACAUCCAUUACACGGGACGCUUUGUUACGACAACCAAAUGCCAGCUUGCGCAGUCUUGAUCAGGCACUGGAAGACCGAACGACCGACCAUUCUCGAGUGGCCCUGACUGCUCCUCGAUUGGAAUGUGAAUGGGACUCGGCGGCUCGCUGUUGUUGUUUGUUUGUUUUUGCUGUUUUAUUGUUUUUGCGCUGUCUCAGAUUUGGGGGACCCCUCAUGGCGGAAGAAGUGGGAUCCGCUUUUGGCACUGAUUCAUUUGGUUGCUAUUUUAAGAUGGGGUGGGCAACCUACCUGGACAACAUAUGUCAUCCUUCCCCAGAGUAAUUGAUUGGCAACGCCCUGCAAAUUCUAAAAACUAAUAAAAUCACAUAGGGCAAAGCCAGAAAAGCCAGCAAAUAUAGCUCACAAUAUAAAUAAUAAUUGCUAGCUUGCAUCAGGUGUUGUAAUGACAAUACAUUGAGCAUGGCCCUUGGAGAAUUGAAAUGGGCCAUAAAAAAAAAAAGAUAUAAAAAAUUUAAAAAGGCCCCCCCCACCCGUGUUUCAAGUGACCAUAUCGUAAAAGGCAUUUUUAUUUGCUGUUAUGUUAUUAAGCUAUGAAUCAACUUCCACAUCCCAGGAGACUCAUCAUACUAAUAUCAUCCUGGCAUUUUGCUUCCAGAAUGUGUGGAAGCAUUCUGCAUUCAUUUUAAUAGGUGUGUGCAAUCAGGUCACACUUCCUGCAGAGUUUCUGUUUGAACUAUGAAUAAUAAAAAAAAAGAAUGGUGCCAGUGAAAUUCUCUAAAUGAUCUGAAUUAUCUAUUUGUUUAGGGGGGUGCGGGGGGUUAUUAAAGUGGAUCAGGCUGGAUUGAAAUUGUGUGGUACUCAUUUGUCCUUUCCUUUUUCCUACGUUCCAAGUUCUCAACUAGAUGCCGUCUUGCAAUCUAAAAAUCCCUUUUUCCCAUUAGGAAUAAAGGGAAGUCGUUGUGAUUGGCUCAGUUCAUAGACGCCACCGUUCAAAAAUGCAUUUUACCGUAUUUCAUCAAGUAAUGACCUCCACGCUAACUGCGCCGUGCCACAUUUAAUCAAUCGGUAAAAAAGUUCCAAGACUUGUGUCCCAAAAGGUAUAUUUUAAACCCAAACUCAGAAUUUGUGUUUGAAAUCAAUCUUUUGUUACAUCAAUCCUUGUGCACAAAAGAGGUCAGUCGAAAUCUGUUGCUUACCAAAACAGCAGCACCUAUCAAGGCUAAUUCCUGUACAUAUUCUCACAGCUUCAGUAUGAGGAGUGGGUUGCAUGUUGUAAACAGGUUUCCGUUGCAGUAUUACAAAUUAUCUUAAGUUUGAUGUGGGGACAAGUAACAUUCCAGUAAAUUCAACAAUUUGUGUGUGUCAAUAUAUCGGUACAUACAAAUGAAGUCAUAAUAGACACCUUCCUGUAUCUGCAGCUGAGUUAACCAACUCUCCCGGCCACUACAGUAUUUGUAAAAUAAGCAGCAGCACCUUCCAAGGCAGAUGACUGUACACAUUCUCGCAGGUUCAGGACUUUUCACACAACUUGCAUUCAUAACAGGUGUUUGAUCCAGAAUUCCAACUAUGUCCACUUCUAUACCUUUCUGUGACUCUUCCGGUCUCUCUGGAUAUCCGUGUGAGUGCAGCAAGUUGUGCAAAAACUACAGAAACACUGAACAGUUGAACAAUUGUGAGUAGUGUAUGGUUUCUUUAUACUGGCUUGGUGUGCACAUUCCAGUGUUUUAAAAAGAAAACUCUCCUGAAAACAGGGCUGUUGUUUGUUAGCUGGACGUUUACACUGUCUUCUUCAACUACCAACACUGGUCAGGUGGCACAUAUGGUCAUCAAUGCCUUAUUUUCUUUUGAAAAAGAAUGUAUUAAGCAACUAUUCCACUGAUACAUGACUGACUUAAAUGUUGGUUUUGAUCAAGUUGUAACGAUUGCAUUUGUUCAAUCUAUGUGUUUUAUGGGUAGCCAGAAUUUGUGUGCGGUCAUGGGGUGAAAUAAAAUGCUACAAACUGAGAA